AUGUGUCGUUGCAUCCAGCUGUUAGAUGAUCUCUGGAGAUUUGAACUUGAGUCUUCAGGCUUGUGUGGGGAAACGCCCCAGCCCCAGCGCCUGCAUGUUUUAGUUUUCCGGUAUGUUUUGGAACAUUUAUCAAGAAUAUGCCGCAUUCUAAAGCAGUCUGGAGGAAACGCUUUGCUUAUUGGGCUUGGAGGGAGUGGUCGGCAGUCUUUAACUCGUCUGGCUACAUCUAUGGCAAAAAUGCAGAUUUUCCAACCAGAAAUUUCUAAGAGUUAUGGUAUGAAUGAGUGGAGAGAGGAUAUGAAGACCUUGCUAAGAAAUGUAGGCAUGAAAGGCCAGAAGACCGUCUUUCUGAUCACAGACACUCAGAUUAAAGAGGAAGCUUUUCUGGAAGAUAUCGACAGUGUGCUCAAUACUGGUGAAGUUCCUAACAUUUUUGCAGCAGAUGAAAAGCAAGAAGUAAUGGAGGGUGUUCGUCCAGUAGCUCAGGCUGGCAAUAAACAUGGUGAACUCAGCCCCUUAGCCUUGUUUGCUUUCUUUGUAAAUCGCUGCAAAGAUAAUCUUCACAUCGUGGUGGCCUUUAGCCCUAUAGGAGAUGCCUUUCGCAAUCGUCUGAGACAGUUUCCAUCUCUCAUCAAUUGUUGUACUAUUGACUGGUUUCAGCCAUGGCCUGAGGAUGCUCUUGAGCGUGUAGCUGUGAGUUUCUUAGAAACUCUGGCACUUACUGAGGCUGAGCGACGAGAGAUAGUCCCGAUCUGUAAACACUUUCACACUUCCAUUAUGGACCUUUCAAAAAGGUUUUUAGAAGACUUAGGACGACAUAACUAUGUUACCGCUACUUCUUAUCUUGAACUUAUUGGCUCAUUUCGGCAGCUUUUGACUAAGAAACGUCAGGCUGUCAUGGAAGCAAAACAACGCUAUGUGAAUGGACUUGACCAGUUAGCUUUUGCCGAGUCUCAGGUAAAUUCGAUAAGCUGUUCAAAAUUAUAA